AUGCCAGUGACCCAUGUUGGUCAGCAGUUACUCUCAGGUGCCGCGUCGGGGUUCGGCAUGACAUUUUGUCUACAACCAUUGGACCUGCUGAAGACGCGUAUCCAACAGGGGGACAGUGCAUUUGGGCCUAGGAAGGUGCCACGGAUAUUGCCUACGGCACUCGAGGUGGUACACUCUCAUGGGGUCCUAGGCUUGUGGAGGGGAACUACCGCCUCCCUGUUACGGAAUGUUCCAGGGAUCGCACUGUACAUGACUUCCCUUACGCAACUACGUACCGCAAUGGCGAACUCCCCAUACUUUGCGCGUACUGAUAACAUCCAGGCUACGGGGAACGGUUCCGUCCUUCCCAAGAUAUCUACACAAGGGAACCUUCUUGCAGGCGCGGUCACCCGGGUCGGGGUUGGUUUUGUCUUGAACCCUUUUUCUGUCGUAAAAGCUCGAUUCGAGAGCGACAUGUACGCAUACGAGUCUCUCACGGGAGCGUUCCGGAGCAUCUCGCGACAAGGGCCCUCAGAGUUCUUUCGGGGUGUGCUCGCAUCGUCGUUGCGAGAUGCGCCUUAUGCCGGGCUGUUCGUCGUGUUCUAUGAGGCGAUAAAGCGCGAGACCUUAUAUAUGUUUCCAUCAAUGUCAAGCACCCAAUCAGCGGUCCUGCAUAGCGUUGCUGCUGGUUCGGCGGGGGCAUUAGCAACAAUUUUAACCCACCCGUUCGAUGUCGUAAAGACCAAGAUCCAAGUACGCAAGGAAGAACGAUACCACGGGUUAAUGCGAACGGUGCGGACAAUAUGGGCGCAAAGAGGAGUAUCUGGAUACUUCGACGGCGUGUCCCUCCGAAUUGGCCGGAAAGUGCUUAGUUCAGCAAUAGGCUGGGCGGCCUACGAAACGCUGCUCAUGUUCAUGCAUCGUGUUCGCCCAAAGACAGAGCAAGAGCAGUAA